AUGAACCAGCAUGCACAGGCAAAUCUUGACCUGAAGGAGAGGCCACUCACCCAGGACCCUGAAGCUGCCAUUCCAGAGCACAAUGGAACCCUGAAGAAGCAGAAACCAGAAAUAGGGUUUUGGAGCACCGCCCAGCUGAACAGAUGCCGCGUCUAUGGCGGAAUUUCACCAACCAACGUCCAGGUGAAAGCUCCAGGUCGGGGUUUGAUACCGACCCACAAGGCUAAGAGGGCCCUAAGUCCCCGCGAGGGGAGCAGCCGGAGAUGGCACAUACCCACUAUAAAAGCUAUUCUUGCUGUGCAAUACAGCAGACACAGUUCUCUGAAAGCUCAGGAGUGGUUCCUCCGUGCCCUCAAGCUCUCCACAGUGGAUAUUGGAGAGAUAAGCUCCCCAGCGCACGUUGAAGGCACUAAGAAGUAUAAAAUGAGUGAGCAAAUGAGAUCAAGAUCUACAUCCAUGGGAAGAAGAGAUGAAGAAUCUUUUCAGCUGAUUGAGCCUUUGGUUGAUGAGUGGUGUAGUGAUGAUUCAGCUCUACAAGAGAUAUCACUAAGUGAAACUUGGGAUAUUUUAUCUGGUCAGGAGAUAGAAGAUGAAGAAGAACCUGAGGAUCAAG